UUCCGAAAAGGUAGAUCUACUUAUGAUAGUUUGUCAAUAUUAAUUGCAGAUAUACGACUGGCAUUUUCUAAAAAUGAGUCAGUAGUAGCUGCUUUUCUGGAUAUAAGUGCUGCUUAUGAUAAUGUAUUAGUUUCAGUGUUACAGGAAAAGCUUUUCAAGUUAGGCAUUCCACAAAUGUUAAGUCAUUUUGUAAUAAACCUUUUAUCUGAACGGUCCAUCAGUCUUAUAAAUGACAACAAUAGAAUUUCUCGUUUAGUGUGGAGAGGACUACCACAAGGGUCUGUAUUAAGUCCAUUAUUAUACAAUAUCUAUACAUCUGAUUUAGAGUCAUCUCUAAAUGGUACUGUUAGGGUCUUACAGUAUGCCGAUGAUUUAUUACUUUAUUCAUCAAAUCUUUCUCCUGAACAGGCUAGUAGAUCAGUCACUUGUUCCUUAUGUUUCUUGAGGUCAUGGUUAGAUUCUAAUGGUUUAGAACUUUCUGUUCCUAAAAGUGUUGUAGUUUUAUUUACUAGAAAACUAUUUCCUCCUCCAAUCAAUGUGCAAUUUGAUAACUACUCCAUUUCAGUAAAAGAUAAAACUAAAUUCCUUGGUGUCAUUUUAGAUAGUAAAUUAACAGGCCUCCCACAUUGUGAGUACAUAGUUUCUAAAUGUGAAAAAAAUAUUAAUAUCCUUAGGUGUGUUUCUGGAGUUUGGUGGGGUUCCCAUCCUUUUUGUAUGAAACUAAUGUACAAUGCCUUAAUAAGAAGCAUUUUAGAUUAUGGGACAUUUUUGUUAGAGCCUGGAUAUGUCGUUGGCUUCCAAAAACUAGAUCAUAUUCAAUCUAAAGCCUUGAGAAUAAUUUGUGGUGCCAUGAAAUCAAGCCCUAUCAAUGCUAUGCAAGUUGAGUGUUGUGAGCCUCCGCUCCAUUUACGACGCCAAUAUCUUUGUGAUAGAUUUAUUUUCCGUUGCUCCCAAUUCUCUAAUCACCAACUCUGGAUUAUCUUGUCUAACCUUCUACUUCAAAUAAGUACAUCCAACUAUUGGAAACACAAGAGCCCUCCUUGCUUAAUCAAAAGUUUUCAAAAACUUAAAUCUAUUUCAGCUCCCACUGUUAGCUCUUCAUCACUUCCCAUUUUUCAGCAUGAAUAUGAGUCUCUUAUACUAGUUCCACCAGUUCUCCUGGAUAUAGGUAUAUCAAAGAAUGAUAUAGAUCAAAAUCAACAAUUUCUGAGUUUUAUUGAUACUGAUUGUCAGGGUGCUAACCAUAUGUAUACAGAUGCUUCUAAGAUGUCCACCAAUGGUUGUGUCGGUAUUGGUGUGCUUCACAUUCAAUCUAAUAUUUACCAAAAGAUAAAAUUGCCUCCAGAAUCCUCUGUGUAUAGUGGUGAGUGCUUUGGAAUCCUUAAAGCAUUAGAGUUUAUCAUCAUAAUGCAUCUUAAAAAAACAGUCAUUUUUUCAGACUCUUUAAGUUCUCUUCAAUCAAUAUCUAAAUUUCCUUUCAAAUCUAAAUCUAAUAACCCAAUUAUUUAUCAAAUCCGUAGUCUACUUCAAAAAUGUCAUCUUAAAGGUUACUCGGUUUCCAUUGCCUGGAUCCCUGGACACAGAGGGAUUAAAGGUAAUGAAAGGGUGGAUGACUUAGCUCGAGAUGCCAUUAGUUCUGGAGACAUGUUUCCAUUUAAGAAUGUUGUUGAAGACCUGUUGGCACUGCCUAAAAUAUACCUAAGAAAGGAAUGGACAAAAUUAUGGGCAUCUGGUGCGGGUGCCACUGCGUUACAUUAUCGGAGCAUACAAAGAUCAAUUCCUGCCAAACCUUGGUUUGCAAAAAUCUCUUUGCCAAAGCCUGCAACCAGUAUGUUAAUUCGAAUGAGAUUGGGUCACGUAUGUACACCGGAACACCUGAAACUACAAAAUCGCGUGGCCAGUUCCGCAUGUAUUUGUGGAGCUGAUCCCGCUGAUCUUAAUCAUAUAUUCUUUUCAGGUAAUUGUAACCUGUAUGACCGUUCUAUAUUAUUAAGACAGCUGUCAGAUUUAAAAGUUCCGUUUCCCACAUCUAUUAGAACACUCCUGUAUAUUAAUAAUUCUUCUCCAUAUAUAUUUAAAUCAUUGUAUUCAUUCCUUUCACGUCAUAAUAUAAAAUUAUAAUUUAUUAUAAUAUAUUACCAUUCCCUGAUCCUUGUCCAAAUUCCGACAUAUCCGUUAUAAUGUAAUCCUUUAAUUCCGUUUCCCCGUUUUACUCGUUUGGCUGAAUGCGCCAGGAGCGCGAUGCCAUAAAAAAAAAAAAAAAAAAAAAAGAAGGGGGAGGGGCCAGAUGACCGAACGAGAUGCAAUAGAAUAGAACUUUCAGAAGGAGUAGCAGAGAAAAUGCUAUUAUUGUUUGUCCUUGUCACAGUCUCAUUUUUUAAUCCCCACCGUAAAUUUUGGUGCGGUUUAUGGUGGGCAACAAAUAACCCGACCAAAUUACGUAGGUUGUUUUUGGUAUGUUGUCAGGGAUGUUAGAAGGUGUUUUUAAUAUUGUCGCAUUGCGUAUGUUCUGUCCCUCACGGGCGCACGCGUAUAGCACAUCUAUAGGAUCCUUCCAUCUAUGCAAAAAAAAACCUAUUUGGUUCCUAUAGCCUGGCCAUGGUAUAAGUCCGUGAGCCUGGCAAACGCAACCUGUAUGUCAGCGAGAACAAGAACCAGGAAUACUUUACUCAUCCCUUUCUUUUGGGUGCUGUUACUAGCGCAAGACAAAGACAGUAUAAUUCUCGCCACUAGGUUUGAAAUGAGACAGUCCUAGACCAAACUAUAGGAUUUAUUAAACAUAAAAACAAUCAAUGAUUCGUAAACUCCAUUACUAAACCAUCGAUUAGCAUAAUGGAGCGGUAGAGAUGCUGCUAUUUGUAAGAAGAAGAAGAACAUGUAUUGCUGUUACAUUCUAACUAUAAACUUUAGCUGUAUUUCUAUGAGUUUUCGUCAAACAUCAACAACAGAGAUUUAUGAUUUAUUAUAUCAUCGUCAUCGCAUCGUAAUUACGAUAACGUUGAGUUUUGAGCUGUGCUAUAACCGCGAAAAUCGAAGUUCUUCAAUUGCGGGCAUUUUUCUCCGUCACUCUAAUUACAUCUUAGUGAGAGUAAAAGAGAAAAAUCCCCGCAAUUUGCGAAUUUCGGUUUUCGCGGUCUGUGUAUUGUAUUUGACAGAUAUCAACGUUGAACAGGCCAACGUAGAUAGGAAAAAAAACUUUUGUAUGGAAUUUGCAUGGCAAACUAUGACCAACCAAACAAAAUAAAACGUCAGUGCUCAUUUAUCUGUCAAGCUCACAUCAAAUCAACAGGGAAACUACCGGGAAAAUCGAAGUUCGUCAAUUGCGGGCAUUUUUCUCUCUCACUCUAAUUACGUCUUAAUAAGAGUAAAAGAGAAAGAUCCCCGCAAAUUGCGAAUUUCGGUUUUCGCGGUAGGCCCCCUGCUUUGUCAUGGGGGCUCGCAUGUUUUGUUUGCGUAUUUCUAUUUCAUUUAGGCUUCAUGGUUUUCGAAAAUAGUGAUACAUAAUUCAUGUGAAUAGAUUUUAGUAAGCCACCAGUACACAAUGGUCCACUACAAGCCAUUGUAGUGUAGAUAGGUAUAUGAUUAAGGAUAAGAAUAAUAAGUGUAACCAGAGUACCUACCGCGAACCACGUUCGACGUGUUGCCUCUCUGUCGCUCUUGUAAAUUCGUACGUAAGUG